AUGCACACAUUUUCCACAUUACCCGUCGAACUUGUUUAUCGAAUUAUGGAUCAUCAAAAUGAGCAGACGCUAUUUUGUUCAAUGCAAAAUAUUUCCCGACGGCUCAACAAGAUCCUGAACACCUAUGAGCGAUAUCGAACACUCACCACACUAAACCUCAAUUCAAACAGAAUCGGUGCUGAAGGAGCACAACACCUUGCGGAUGCGUUGCGAACGAACACGACACUCACCACACUAGACCUCAGUUGGAACGGAAUCGGUGCUGAAGGAGCACAACACCUUGCGGAUGCGUUGCGAACGAACACGACACUCACCACACUAUACCUAAAUGGCAACAGAAUCGGUGCUGAAGGAGCAGAACACAUUGCGGAUGCGUUGCGAACGAACACGACACUCACCACACUAAACCUCCAUAGCAACAGUAUCGGUGCUGAAGGAGCACAACACCUUGCGGAUGCGUUGCGAACGAACACGACACUCACUACACUAAGCCUCUAUUGGAACGGAAUCGGUGAGAAAGGAGCAGAACACAUUGCGGAUUCGAUGCGAACGAACACGAUACUCACCACACUAAGCCUCGAUUGGAACGAAAUCGGUGAUGAAGGAGCGCAACUCAUUGCGGAUGCGUUGCGUAGAAAUGUAAGCGUCAAUAUGGUGUAG